AUGAAAUGUUUGAUUUUGGUAUUGCCUUUGAGGACAAUUUAACAGUUUUGCCAAAGUUCCAUAGAAGUAAAGAUAUUGGAAAUUUUGUUAAAUUUAUGCAAACUCUUGAGUAAGAAUAUUUUUUAUUAUUAUUGUGCUAAGAGUAUAAAUUAUGAAAAUGGAAAUAUCGGAUUGAAGGAGGUUCAAUUUUUUCAUAAGUCCAUGAAAAUGAAAACACUGAUUGAACAUUUAUUACCUUUUCAGCAUUUUAAAUUCAAUUAAUGUUAAAAUUUAAUUGAUUUUUCUCUAAAAAUAUAUCUUAAAAAAGGUAUUUUAUAUUAUAAUAUAUAAUAUUCAGAUAAUCUUUAUACAUGUGUAGUUUUAUCCCCAAUAUUAUCAAGACACAGACCUUAAUUAAUCUUAUUUGUAUCAGAUUUAACAGAUGAACCAUUUAUGACACAAUUAAAUUAAUUUAAUUAGAAUAGUGAUUUAUUGGUUUCAGAUAUAUCUUAGAAAAUUAAGUAACCAUUAAAUUGUACAAUAUCAAUGUUGGAAAUUACAAUUGUAUAUUAUUAUAUAAUAAUUAAUUAGCAUUCUGUUCCAUUUGAAAUUUAGGAGAAGUAUUUAAAUCCAGCUCUUGCAGGUUGUAAAUUAUUGAUCAGUACAGCAAAUGAUAUACUUGAUUAUGUUACAAUAAGAAAAAAAGGUAAAUUAGAAUUAUGUUAAAUGGAUGUUCAUAUAAGGUAUGUUUAAUAAAUAAAAUUAGGGAAUUUAUAUCUGAUUCAAUAAAUAUAAUAAAAUCAUAAGCAUUAUUUAGAGGAUUGUAGAUACAAGUUAAUAUUCGACAUAAUGUGCCUGCAUUUUUUAGAACUGAUCCAAAUAGAUUGAGAUAAAUAUUAUUAAAUCUUUUAGUAAGUUCUAUUCAAGCUACUAUAAAUGGAACAAUUGUUGUAUCAGCAACCAAAUCUACAUUAAUGUAGGAUCAUAUUGAACUUACUAUUAAAGUAUAAGCAUCAGAAAUCAAUUAAUCUGUUUUAAAAACUAUUGAUAAAACUGUAAGAUUUUUUAAAUCUUAAAAUUUAUUGGCAUCAACUAUGAUAGAUUUAGCAAAUGCUGGUCGUAAAUAUAGUCAAUCAAUUUUAAUAGCAUUUUGUUUAUCAUUAAGUAUUUCAACAAUUCCUUUUGAAUAUCAUUAUGAGAAGAAUAUAGAUCAUGAAGAGUUUUAUUUUAUAAUUUAAAUUUAAAACAAAAAUCCAAACUUUUCAUAACAAUUAAAUUUUAAAAGAUAAUCUGCUCUUAGUAUUCAAUAAUAGAGUUUUAAAUAAUCAUUUUAAAUUGAUUAAGGGUUUAAAAGGCAUUAAUCAUCGCGAUAAAGUUUAUUUGAUAAAGCAAGCAUAUCAAUUUAAGGAUAAUUAGAGAAAUAGAAAUUGAAAUAGUAAUAAUAAUAAUAAUAACAGAAAUUACAAUCUUAAUCUUAAGUAUUGGUUACUUAACCUUAAAGAAAAGAAUCAGCCUUUAAAUUAUCGACAUCUUUUGGUUAAUAAAAUUAAUCUCGUUUUAUAGUACCACGAACAUCUUAAGGAGAUAUUGAUGUUGAUUUUUUACCUACUUUUAAAACAAUAAAGUCAUAGGAUCAAAGUAAAAAGAUUAAAUAAAUGCUUUCUCAUUCUAAAUCAGAUAUAUCGAUAGUUUCAGAGUAGGAAUCAAAAGAAUCAAAAGGUGAAAAUGAAAGUUCUCAUAAUAGUUUAGAUGUAGGAAAGCAAUUAGAUUAAUUUUUAUAUAAAUAAACAAAUGAAAGUGGAUAGAUAAAUGAAAAUGGUUCUCCUUUGGUAGUGAUGUAAUAAUCAAUUGCAUAUACAUACAAUAAUAAUGUUACACCAAGUAGAAGAGAUUCAAUUUUAACAUUUGGUGGUAGAUCAAGUAUGUUUUCAUCAAUGAGAUAUUCAGCUAGUAUUAUGUAACCAAAUGAUUUAAUUGAUUGUUUUGAAAAGAUGGAAAGAAUUAAACAAUAAAAAUAUACAUAAAAAUGUUAAGUAUUUAUAUUAAUUUAAUUUAAAGUGUCCAAGAAUAUUGAUUUGUGAGUAAAAUGAUUUUGAUUUAUAUGCUGUAUCCCAUUAAUUAGGAAAUAUUGGAAUGAAUUAUGAUUACACUAUGUAAAGAACUUAAAUACAUGAGAAACUAAAAACUGCUUAUGAGGUAGAGAAAUCAUGUUGCAAAGGAUAUCAAUUAAUAUUGAUUAGUGUAGAAUUUGUAGAUGAAGAAUUAGGAGAAUAAUGUAAUUUGAUUAAAAAUAUAAAUUCUUAAUUCAAAAAGGAAGCUAGAAUUAUUGGAUUAAUAGGAUUUCAUGAUGAUGAAAAUAGGAUGGCAAUUAAGAAACUACCAUUUCAUGAUUUUCUAUCAAAACCUUUAAUGAUAGAUGCUUUAUUGUUUAUACUAGCAAAAUGGGUCAAAUUGUGA